UGCUGAACUGUUUGGUGCGAGUGUUCAUAUUUACAAUAUGGCGGCCGCCAGCGAGGUUUCUCAGUUAUUUAGCGAUCUUGAACAGUGUGAAAAAAGUGGAAAUUAUAUAAAAGGAUUGAAAAUUGCCAACAAAAGUAAGAGAUUAUUCUAAAUAGAUUUCUUUUUGCUUUGUUUCUUUGUAUUUUGUGCUGUGUAUGUUAUUUAAAAGUUGUGAUAAACCAGGAUAAAUAUUUCUCAACGUGAUUUGUAGUUCUUGAAAAAGUUCCCAAUGACAAGGAUGCGUUUCAAUGCAAGAUAGUGUGCUUUAUGCAGCAAGGAAAAUUCCAUGAUGCUCUACAGAUUUUAAAGUCUUCUCGUGUUAAAAAGGGGUAAGUUUUAAUAAAGGAAGUAGUUAUUAAAUGCGAGCACUUACUGUCGUUCCAAUUGAAGUGUUGCUCAAAUAUUGAUUCAAUACAUUACCUUGGGCUGACCAAUUCAUUUCAUCAAGUUCCUCGAGAUAUUCAUACACUUCCUAGUAUAAUUGUAAACUUCCUGUGGAAUAGUUUGAAUGCACCAAUCACCUUUGUUGUUUGUGCAACUAACCAAUCAUAAAUAGAAAGGAAGUGACCAGAAAUUAUCAAAUACUUGGAAUUGGCUCUUUCACAGGAAUGUAUGAAUAUCUCGAGGAAAUUGAUCAAAUGAAUUGCUCAGCCCGAGGUAAUGUAUUGAAUCAAUAUUUGAGCAACACUUCAAUUGGAACGACAUGUGACAUCAAAUAAAUUUCUAAAAUGACAUCAUACUAAAAUGACAUCAAAUAAAUUUCAAGUGUGUUUUUGGUAGCUGGGUGGUUUAGGCACUCAUCUUGGACCCGCUAGCUCCGAGGACCGAAUCCCUAAAUGAAUCCAUGAAGAUUUUCUGACCUGCGAACAGGUGGCUUAGGGUUGCACUAGAGAAGGGGUUGGGUGUGGGCCUGACUGGAAAGUUUGGAAAUUGCGUGCUGGAGAUGACUAAUGCAAGGACUAAAUAAGAAUUUUUUUUAGGAUCUCACUACCAUUUGAAGAAGCUUAUUGCCUCUAUCGCCUGAAUAAAACAACUGAAGCACUGGACGUAUUGAAAGCUAUUGAAGAACCGUCUCCCAAGGAGAAGGAACUGCUUGCUCAAGUGGUAGUAUUUUAAAAUAUUUCGUAAAAUUUUUGAGAGGUAUCUGCAUGUGUGUAUUCCUAGUUAUGAUAUGGAAGAAAUAAUAAUAAUAUGUUCUCUUAAUGUGUUCUUGCCUAAUAGACCUUUCCGGUAAUUACGUCACAGCUACAUUGUUUUCAACUUAGGACCACCUUAAAUCAUGCUUAAAUGGAAUGGAGUUCAAGUUUUUUUUCUCACUAGCUAUGCGCAAAGAAGCAGAACAUCAUUCUUUAACACAUGCAUGAUAAAAAAUUUAUUAUUUUGACCAAUAAAUGUGGGAAUAAGCUUUAACACGAAAAUGAGGCUGAGGAGCCGAAGGGGCAAUGGCCCCUUAGCCUCGUUUUCGUGUAAAUGCUUAGUCUCACAUUUAUUGGUCAAAAUAAAAAAAUCUUUUUCAUGCAUGUGUUGAAGAAAGAUGCUCUGCUUCUUUGCGCGUAGCCAGCGAGAAAAAAAAACCUUGAAAACCAUUCCAUUUAAGGUGGUCCUAAGUUGAAAACAAUGUAGCUGUGAUGUAAUUACCGGAAAUGUCUAUUAUGAAUGUGAAUUGUUGGCAAUUAAUUUUUUUGUAUUUGAUAGUAUUACAGACUUGAAGAAUAUAAGAAAUGUUAUGAAUUAUACACUAACCUCAUAAAAAAUUCACAGGUGAAAUUCUUUGCUUACAAUUUAACACUUUAUAGAGUUAAAUGUUAUAUGACAUUUUACUGAGACUGCCUCCGUGAACUGCUAAAUGACAUGCAAUUAAAUUAAACAUUUAAAACAAUUUUAUACAGGAUGAUUAUGGUGAUGAACGAGAGACAAAUCUUGCUGCUGUAAUUGCAGCAUCCCGGUCAUCGGGACAAUCUGAUAUAGUAAGUGAUCUGUAACAGGACUUUCAGGAUUGUUCUGAGUGGGUGGAUGAAAGUAGGCAGCUGUGGGGAGGGGGGUGGAGAGGUUUAAACAAUAAGCUAUUUAUACAUUAUGACAUAUUUGAACUUGUCUGUUUAGAGUUGUGAAGGUUUAAGAGAAGACACAUAUGAACUAUGUUACAAUGCUGCAUGUUUAACAAUUGCUGAUGGAGAGAUGGAAACUGCUGCUGAAAAAUUACUUUGGGCUGAAGGUACUUAUUCUGUCUUAUAACUUAGCCUGCAAAGCAGGUGGUUGCAGCUUAUAACUGUAUACUAGACAUGUGCAUCAGAUUUGAAAAUAUUUGAAUUAUAACUAACAAUACUAAAUACUUGUUUUUCUAGAUCUUUGUAGGAAGUCAAUGGAGGAGGAAGGGGUUAGUUAUUUAACAUUAAAGGCUGAUUUAUACAUCAGUCACUUUUGACGAGUUUAAGAUCUAUAAAGUUUCCCGAGUGAUGCAUAACUUUUUUCCCUGUAGGAUGUUACUGAGGAGGAGAUUGAAUCAGAACUUGGUGUGCUCAGGUGAAAGCAGUUUUCCAAAUAAAAUCCUACAUCUUGUGUACAUGCAUAUUAAUAUUUUUCAAAAGCAACAUUUAGCUGAUAUCAAUUCAAAUUUAUUUAUUAACUCUGCCAAGAGGUUUUGUUAUCAUCCGUGUGUGUAUCUUGUCAGUAUGAUAACUUAUAAAUAUCAUCAAUACACAUUGAUACGAAAAUUGAUAAUUGCUCAAGCAUUGUUUUUUUUUGUAUUGUAUUUUUUCAGAGUACAGCGUGGUUACACAUGCCAAAUAUUGGGUAAAGACGAUGAAGCUAUGAAAUUAUACAAUCAUGUUCUAAAAUCUAGGUACGAAAUGUAAUAUUUUGUUAGCUUCAGUUGAUGGCAAGCUCUGAGUAAGAUUUACUAGUUGUUGAUUAAUUAUUUUGUAAUUCAGGCCCAAUGAUGUUGCUAUCAGUGCUGUGGCUUCCAACAAUGUUGUUAGCUUGAACAAGGUGUGAAACUUUCCUCAAAAUCGACAAUGUAGAUGUAAAUGCUAUUUAUUCUCUGACAUUCAAUUGCUCUUAGAAAUAGUAAUUAUUCUUUGUUUUCGUAACAGGACAGAGAUAUAUUUGAUUCUAAGAAAAAGAUCAAGGUGGCAACAGCUGAUGGAAUUGAAACGAAAUUAAAUGAUCGCCAAAGACAAUAUAUUGCUUUUAACAAAUGUUUGGUUUUGAUGUACAGUAAUCAGGUAUGAAACUUUUGGUUCCAUUGAGAGUGUGAAGUUUGGUAUAAUGUGAUGACAUAUGAUUUGAUGUGAUAGGUAAGGACUUAGGUUGUGGUGUGGUACUCUGAUAUGGUGUUGUGUGGUAGUGUAUGAAAUUGUGUUGCAUGGUAUGGUAUGGUAUGGUAUGGAGUGGUAUUGUAUAGUAUAUGGUAUGGUAUAGUAUGAUAUGGUAUGGUAUAUAUGGUUCGGUAUGCUAUGGUGUUGUAUGACAUUGUACAGUGUGUUGUGCAAUUAUAUUCUUUUGUAAAGUAACUGUAUGUUUUUUAUUUUUCAGAAUGAUGCAUGUCGCAAGGCUGCGAAAGGGCUUGAAACAAAAUACCCUGAAAGUGACUUUCCCAUCCUAAUCCAAGCAGCUUUAUUGUUUCGUGAGAAACAACAUCAAGAUGCUGUAAACACACUGGAAGUGAGUGACACUGCAGACAAGAACGAAAAUCGGGUUAAAUCUGAAAAAUAGUUUUCAUUUCUUUGUGACUCUGUCUCUGAGAUGUCUCUGAGAAUGAUUCGGCAAGGGAAUAAAAUCUGAAUAAAAUAACCUGUUAUGUAUUCUUUACCCAAAAGCAUGCUGUACAGUACAAAUGCAAGUACUGCAAUAUUUUGUAAUUUUUCAUUUCAUUCAAAACAACCUUUUUCUUAGAAACAUGUGGAAGUCCAUGCCCAAUGUUCGAUGCAAGUCUCUCUUGCUAUCGUUCAGCUUCAUCUCAUUCUUGGAAAUUCACUUGAGGCUUGCCAGCGCCUGCGUUCUAUCGAGAAUAUCAAACAUCGUCCAGCGGUUGUUGCGUUGUUGGUCAACCUCUAUACGCAUGCUGGUGAUAUAGAUGCUGCUGUACAAGUGCUCGAUGACGCAGUGUCUUACGCAAAAGACAAUGAGGUAGUGAAAAUUUCCGUAUUAUGGUGAUGACUUUGCCUGAGGGAGAUUCUUGCUUUCUUACGGGUGCGUACCCAUUGCAGGCGCUGAAAAUAUAACUUUUUUUAACUGUUCAUUUGCAUUCGGUAGGGAACAGUCGAGCAAGACGAGCUGGUGAGACUACUACGAGAGAAUGUCGCUUACAAAUUAAAGAGAGGAAAAACUAAGGAAGCUGUCGCAGUCUUGGAAUACUUGCACGAGUAUGUCUCGCAUUAUACGAGCUCAACAUUUAUCAAAAACACAGUCGCUUGCUCACAAACGGGAUUUUUGUAGAUGGAAAUAUUCAUAAACACUUACACCUAACCAGGAACAGAUGCGCACAACGCUACAUUAGGCCCUUGGCAGGGUCGAACAUGUGGCUCUGCUAUUCAGCGCCCUAACCAACUGAGCAAACAGGCCAGUUGCCAAUGAAAACUCUCAUCAACAAUUAUCAAAAUUUGAAGCACUCCAAACGGUUAAUGAGAGUUGGCAGUGAAACAUGAGUGAGAGUUGCAACUCUCAUCAAAUCUCAUGCACGUUUGACCGAGGCUUACGUAUAAAGGUAUCCAACUGUAUACAGAUUGUGAUGUUUAUUAAUGAUGGCGCUUUCGUUACAGUUUAGAUCCGGAUGACUUAAAGACUAUUGCGCAUUUAGUUGCUGCAUAUUCACAGAUUGAUCCCAAGAAGUCAGAGCAGUAUCCUUAAUGUGUUGGAGAUAAUUAUUAUUAUUAUAUGUAGAUAAGUUUAGGACUUUUGGUUUAGUUUAGUUAUGCUGGAAAAUAUGCCGACAUUUACAAAACAAUUUGCUUAGCUAUAUAAAAUAGAUACAGCAGGAAGUUGCCACCGUUAGAAGGGGAUCAGGUGGACGUCAAUGCUCUAGAAAUAUCCUUGGGCACACGUUAUGCUCGGAAGACGGCGAAACUGGUUUCUGACGGGCUGAAAGAGAAACCGAAGCAAGAAGAAAAGUAAGUUCAAAAUGUGUAAAAAUGACACUACUUUGGAGUUGAGAGUUCUUAUCUUCUCCAAUCCCUGUAACCUCUUCCCUUAGAAAAUCCACCUACAUAUGGUUCUCUGCCGCCCACCCACGGAAACGUUCCUGCCAUCCCUAAACCGUUCGUUAUCUAUAGUCCAUCAUCUUAGUUUGUACUUCAUCUUUACAGACAAGAUGUUGUUGUGAAAAGACGACGGAAAAAGAAACCAGGUAACAAUGAUGGUAAACACAUUAACAGGUUGAUGCCGCAGUUCAGUACUUACUGUACAUGUAUUUUUACGUACAAAUAUAUUACCUACAAAAAAUUGUAUUUACAAAUAUUCAAGUUUCAUGAAACUAAUGAUAAAUAUAAUGAUAACAAAAGUUCCUCCUAAAGCUAAAAAUACCUCUCCUUGCACCUCUAAUAUAUUUGAUUUGUGUAGCGGUACGUUUUGAGAGUUAUUAGUGAGUAACUCUAACUUCUAAACAAUUCUUAGGCACAGAAUACUACACAGAAGUCCAUCUACAUUGUUUUUAGCGUAAGCUCUAUUCGUCAUGAUUCGUCACUCAGCAAGUACCGUAAACAGAAGCCGUCCCCCUCCUGGAAAUACUAAAAAUGGCGCAUGUCCAGGGGGGUGACUGCUUCUGUUUACGGUACUUGCCAUAGAGAUUAUAAAUAACACUAGAGGAGGCAUUGUAAUCUUAAUUCAGUAAAAAAAAGGGAACGCAGCUAUUGGGGGGCAAAUUCAAGUCCCGGAUGUGUAUUCGUGUUCCCAUUGGUGACGAGUUUCAAAUCAGCCAAUGAGAGCACGAUUUUAUAUCCGGGACUUGAAUUUGCCCCCCAUUAGCUGCGUUCCCAAUUUUUAAACUCGAUGCCUCCUCUAGUGUUAUUUAUAAUCUCUAUGGUACUUGCUGAGUGACGAAUCAUGACGAAUAGAGCUUACGCUAAAAACAAUGGAGGUGGACUUCUGUGUAGUAUUCUGUGUCUUAGGUUUCCAUUCAGUUUAGAUAGCUUCGCUGCCUCCCCAUGAUUUUUGAAUGACGUCAUGAAUCCCAUGACGUCAGAAUUCUUAAUUAGUAAUAUUGGUAUUUGUUGUACUCAGGAAAACUACCGAAGAACUACAAUCGCGAGGUUGACCCUGAUCCUGAACGCUGGCUGCCUCGACGAGAAAGAUCGUAUUACAAAGGCAAAAGGCAAAAAAAGGCAGCUGCAAUAGGUAUGAAUUUAACCGUAGGGCUAUAAAUGCUGCAAUGUAAAUGGAAACAAUAUACACGCCUGCUAUAGGGAUGAGGCGAAAUAAAAACAUAGGAAAGAUGAAAAUAUCCGGCACAGAUCCAGUGGCGAAGCUAACCAUGCCAACACGUCAUGUAAAUGUUUAAUGAUUUUCAUUAUUCAAAUCUUUAGAAGUGUAUUGUCUUGAAUCCAUUUCGAUGCAGGUUUAUUAACACAGCAUGACCAGUUGCCAUGACUAGCUUGGCCACUGUACAAAUAAUUUGCCUUUCAACGCACCUAGGAAUAAUUUAUUCAAAAAGGCGCUGAUAUUUUGGACGCAACAUUUAACUGGACGUAAUUUGAACGUAGCAUUUAACGUUGUGUCGGAAGGAUACUCCUGACAACCGUAACUCAACUACUGGCAUUAUUUUGUUUUCAGGCAAGGGCACACAAGGAGCUACUGCCUCGCAGGAAUCGUAAGUAUAUAUUAAUCUGUACUUCCAUUGUAUAAUUUAUGCUUGAUACAUAACUUAAUUCGCUGUCAAAGGUAUACCUCUAGUUACAUAGUGCAUCAUUACGCAUGGCAUUAUUCAUCAGCAGUGAUGGUGUCAUUGUAGUGAGGCAUAUGCACGCAUUCCCUAACCCAUUUAAACGUUGCAAACUCUGCAGUAAGAAUGAGGUCCGCUUAUAUAUGAGCAUUGCUUUCAUAUAUGUAUUUCUAGCGUGCAUUUCUCUGAUUUCUAGGCCAUCAUCCCGUGCAGCAUCCAGUCCGAAAGCGACCUCACCUCCUGGAACCCCAGGUGGAACUUCCGGUUCAUCAACGGCCGGGGUUGUGCCCCCUCGACAACAACAACCCCAAGCAAGCAAGAAGAAACAACGACCGAAGAAAAAAAAAGGUGGUUGGUAACUACCUUCGUAGAGGUAACAAUAUCGUAGAGGUAACAAUAUCGUAGAGGUAACACAUGAUAUUUUGAGGUGAACUCUCCUAAAUGAAAAAGUAAUGUGAAAUAUGAGUAAUAUCAAUUAUGAGAAAGUAAUAUCAAAGUAAGCAUGUGACCUAUAUAUAGGUGACCUGUUUACCAAAAUAAAUAAAUAAAAGGAGAAAAGAAUGAUGUUUAUAUGAUCGUCUAGGCGUGGGCGUAGGCCAUACGUUAAGCCACAUAUUACAUGGAAUUUAAGGCUAAAAAGUUUUAAAAAAUUGGCAACCUAACCCCCCCAUUAUUUCGUGUCCGCCACUGAUGCAUGUUUUAACUAAGUGCCAGUGUGUAAGAUACAGUAACGUUAGGUUUUCUAACGUUCUAAAUAUAUCAUCAUGAAAGGAUCCCCUGACAAGUUUUCUAAAUAAGAAAUAAUAACAUUACCUAUUAAUUAAUCGCAAAAUAUAUUUCUCAU